CUUUCUUUUAAUAAUUAAGUCGACUAUCAAUAUACGAUAAAUCCCUAACUCUUCCAGCUACGAGCAGCUUUGGAAACCUUGGAAUCUCGUAAUAAUAUAGGCGUUCAUGUCAAACAAGUCUAUGUUACACAACGAACUAAUUCGAAAAGAACGGUACCUAGUUUGUGGAGACUUGGUAACAGUCUAUCCCUAAAGUGGCUAGGCUAUCAUCCCAGGGGACUCAGUCGUGCAGGGGCUAUGUAUGUCUGGCCCCCUAGCCUGCCUUAAGAUGUAUCUCGCCGAGUAAUUCUUGCUGGAGAGGUACAUAUUCUCAUCGUGUGUGAGUCCCCCUGCAACAUGAACAGAUGGCCGGAAAAAACUCCGCAGAUAACAUUUUGGUGGAGGGCUGGUGACACUCGUAAGUCGCGUCACCAAACAAGUUGCUUCUUCGGUGGCGCUUUUUGUACCAACCUACCGGGGAAUUCCCCCUCCAGUCAUGGAACGUGAAAACCCAGACGGUUCUGGCUCUAGAAAACGCCGUCUUGUUCCACUUGCACCGGCUCCGGCAGGUGGUUCGGGACAAGGUGCCUCCGCGGGCGCCGGCUCCAAAGGGAGAAGACAGGUUACGGCCGCGUGUGAGUCGUGUAGGAGGAGGAAGUCAAAAUUUCCCAAAAUCUGGUGUAAUUGUAACGCUGAGCGCCCAAAGUGUAGCCUCUGCGUGAGACAUGGUACCGACUGUCGAUACGCCACAGCUCCGGCAGAGACUCACUCCCAGGCCCUAAAGCGAAAACAUAGUGAACUGCAGAACCGGAUAACCCCGUACGAGGAAUUAUUCGGCCUGCUCCAGAAAAAAACCGAAACCGAAUCUCUCGAGAUCCUCCGGAGAAUCCGGUCUGGUAAUGAUGUCGGUUCUAUUCUACGUCACGCAAGGGAUGGAGAUCUCCUAAUUCAGCUCUCGCUAGCCCCUGAGGCUCGCCGCCGAUACGAAUUCCCCUAUAUACACGACAUGCCUCCCUCCAUCCUGGUGUCGGACAAUCUCUACCUACGCUCCUUCGUCUAUGAGACCACGUUCCGUGCUCCUCCUUCUCAUGGCUUUGAACGUGAAUCGCAACGUGAAGGGUACGGAGAUGAGCGGUACCUCAUGCCCUACCAUGCGGCUCAGGUCGUCGAGCCUAACUUCGACGACGUGAAUGUCUCAAAGUGGACUAACGUAACGUCGGAUAAUCACCUGUUAAGAAGACUCCUUAAUUCCUACCUAUACUACCAGCACCCUUGGACGGGAGCUUUCCAUAUGGAUUACUUCAUCAAAGACAUGGCUUCGGGACGGGUCCGCUUCUGCUCGUCCCUGCUGGUCAACUCCGUGCUCGCUGCUGCAUGUCACAUGUGUCGCGAGGUCCCCGACCGUACCAAGUUUUGGGUUCCGCAAACUCUCGGUUACCAGUUCCUAGCCGAAGCGAAAAGGCUCUGGGAGCUCGAGUGCCAAAGGAAUACCGGUAGUCUACCAACAAUUCAGGCCGCUAUAAUACUCGGCAUCGUAGCUCUCACUACGGCUAUGGAUAAGGUUGGCACUUCGUAUUUACUGCAAGCUAUGGCUAUGGCGGAGGAAAUGGACCUGUUCAGUCCCCACGCGGGUACAAACGACGAGUCGCUGCGAAGAGUACGAGCUCUCACGGCGUGGGGGAUCUAUACCUGGCAAGCCUGGCAGCGCUUCUACUUUGCCGCACCGCCUCAUCUCAAAAAAGCCCCCGAAUACCCGCUACCGGACCCCGAGGUCGACUCCAAAUUCUACGGCGAGACCUGGAUUCGCUAUCCAAUGAGCCAUAGGCUGUAUUCAGUCAACAUGGGCCACGUCAUCAAGGCGAAUUUCGAGUUGCGGCACUUGAUGAAUGAAAUGUCUUUGGAUCUAUUUGAGGAUGGAAAGCCGCCUCGUAUUGACGUCUCGAAGGCGCUGGAGUGCAAGUCUAUGCUGGAUAACUGGUUCGUCAACCUCCCAGACAUCCUCUCGCCUACGAAGAUAGUGCUUCCGGAUCAUAUCAAAAUCCAUAUGGAAUACUACGGCACGAUCAUCACUCUUGUCCGGUUCUUAGCAGGAUCCGGCUACACAUUAGACCUAACCUGGUACAACAUCAUCACGCACGCAGAAGUACGCCUCGAGACGCUUCUACGCUUGUACUACCUACGACACAGCUUCGAGUCGUACGACCCUCUCCUAAUGCACUGGCUAAUGUUCCUGGGCGACACGACGCUGCAAAAGAUAGACAAAUCCGGCAUCGUCGCCCCCCCAGCCAUAGCCGCGCUCUCGCCCCCCGUCAGCCUCGAGUCCCUGCGGUCAACCCUAAUCCUCUGCGCCAAGGGGCUCUACGACCAAGGACACAACUACCACAUCGCCGUUCUCGUAUACCGGCUCCUGCGCGACCGCAUGAAGGUCAACGACCUCGACCUCAUGCGCACCCAUCUCUUCUCCGCCCAGGGGCCCGCCGACGACGAGAUGCCCCUGAUGAUGCAGUACAUCCAGGCCCAGUGGGUCGCUCCCAUCAUGACGCGCGAUACCGGGGGCACCAACCCCAGCAAAAACACGUUGGAUUAUCUAUUAAGAGAGUACGAGAAGCUAUCCCUCGACCGCAACGUCGAGGACCUGAGCGAUGUUAGUAGUACAGCGGAGAGGCAGUCCUCGGGGUCGUAAUUUAUAUAGAUGCUACCCAACAUGCGCACCUGGGUAUUUUCUCUCCAGCGAAACAUAUACCUAACCUGUAGUUGCUACGUGAGCUGAGAUACGAGUUACGAUGUAUGAGCUGCUACUUUUCGUUGUAGCGACGAGUUAUGUACCUAUGUAUAAUUACAAUACCGUCGAUUUAUCAAAAACUAUCAGAUCUGGAAGCGACUUGGUUAACCGGCAAAGAUUGGAGUUGGAGCCUUUGAAUGUCAAUAGAACUACGGAAUAAUGACAAGGACAAAUUUAGGACAUGGGUGUAGAUAGAACUAUAUGUGCUUUGGUAACCAAAGCCGAUAACGCUUCAAGUCGGCUGUCGUGUUUGCACAUUUAUAUCAUUAUUCCAAGUGUUGUGCUACUUGAGUUCUCCAGCUCUUGAAUGUCUUUUAACAUGUGGGGGGAGGAUCCUAAGUUAAUGCUGUCUAUAGCCGAAGUCCAAAAGCCAGAAUGCCACCCCGAACUGAUUGCUCGUCCGUUCUUACCAAAGAGCAUGCUAAAUAUGCCUACUUUAUAUAUAGGGUGAGAAGUAAUCGACUUAACCUAUCCUUCAUAGCUCACAGUAUCCAGACUAGCUUAACAAUUCCUUGAUAUCCUCGACUCUUUGGAGUCUCUUUUCUUCAUCACUCAUCAUGCCCAAUGAAGUAGCA